AUGUCCUGCUCCAGCCUGUGUGCUCCCUGUGGGGUGUGCAGCCCUACCCCCCUGGCUGACACCUGCAACCAUCCCUGCGUGCAGCAGUGCCCUGACUCCACGGUGGUGAUCCAGCCCCCGGCCACGGUGGUCACCUUCCCCGGGCCCAUCCUCAGCAACUUCCCCCAGUCCAGCGUGGUGGGCUCCUCAGGAGCCCCUGUGAUGGGAGGCUUUGGAGGCCGUGGGGGCUCUGGGGGCCGUGGGGGCUACGGAGGCUUUGGAGGCUUUGGAGGCUCUGGCAGCUAUGGAGGCUAUGGAGGCUAUGGCAGCUGUGGAGGCUAUGGAGGCUACGGAGGCUAUGGCAGCUGUGGAGGCUACGGAGGCUACGGAGCCUCUGGCUGCUAUGGAAGCUAUGGGAGCGGCUGUGGGAUCUGCUAA